UCCUGCUCGUUUCCUGCUGUGCCUUGAAAAUCCUCCAUUCUCGAAGAAAGCGGAAAGAAGAAAAGGAAAGGAAGAGAGAGAGAGAGAGAGAAGGAGUGUGUGUUGUUGCUAUUUUUGUCUCUGGAGAUGGAAACUUUCGAUCAUUUCUGGAGUUUCCAUCGAUUCUGACGUCCGGUUUUUGAAUCCUCUGCUUUCUAGAAGGAAAUCAAAGCUCUGUUCUUUCAAAUCUCAGAAAAAUCUGGAAAGAAACGAUGGAAAAUCACUAGCUAAGCGUCAUCUGAGAAAUGGGUUCUUCUCCUUCUGCUGGAAUCUUUAAUGGGUUUUUGCAGAUUUUCGGUUUAAGGACCUGAGCUUUGGGUUGAUUUUUUUAUUUUUUUUUUAAAUCUAGUCUUUUAUUUAAAGCUCUAAUUUUUCUUAUUUUUCUGAUUACAGAUAGGUUUGAGUUUUCCAGUCUUUUUAGAGUAUGAGCUUUUUAGUUUUUGAAGAUUAGAAAACCCAUUUCGGUCAGGUUUUCUGAUUUUUCUUAUUUUCAGAGAAUUCCAAAACCGAAUACUGUAAUGGGUUUAAGCUAUCCUGCUGAAAAGUUUAAGAAUCAGAGAGUUCGAUCUUUCUAGUAUUACAGAACCCAUUUCUUCAAAUAUGUAUUUUUCUCGACGUUUGUGUUUUUCUUUUGAAUUCUAUAAAAGAUCUAAGCUUUCGAUGUUUUGAACCGACUGAAGUUCUUCUUGCUUUGGAGUCAUUGCAACCUGAUACAGUAAUGGGUCUUUGCUCUUGAGAUGAAUCUUUUCUGGGUUUUUAGGAUCCAAGCUUUUCAUUUUUUGAAGAUUAAAAUGGCUUUUACAAAAACAAAUUCGAUCUUUUGAAAUAGUAGGAAAAUGGAUGUUAGGGUCUUUUUUAGGCUCUAAGCUUUCGGUUUCUUGAAUAAUACAGAAAUCAUUCUGAUCAAAGAAAGCUUUUUUUAAAUUUAGUUGAGAAUUCAUAAAAAUUCAAGAACAGAAUGCCAAGGCCAAAUCGUGGUAUUGAAGGUUUGGUCGGUGGACCCUGCAAGAUCCGUAAACGUGGCUGCUCGUCAUCAUCAUCUUCGUCUUCUGUCCUGCAAAAUUACCGGUUCAAACGGGCAAUUUUGGUUGGAAAGAGGGGAGGAUCGAGCACGCCUGUUCCAACAUGGAAGAUGAGCUCAAGAUCACCGUCUCCCAUGGCGGGUGUCCCUGAAUCUCCUAAAUACCAGCCGUCGCAAGCCGGUGGUAAAGCAAAGCAAGCUCCAAUCUCCGCUCGGAAGCUUGCAGCCACUUUGUGGGAGUUGAAUGAGAUCCCAUCGCCACGAGUGAAAGCGGAUUUGCAGGAGAGAAGGGGUAAGAAAGAGACGAGAGGAAAAGAGCGGGUCACAAGAUCAGUUCAAUCGGGUUCGCUCCCUCCACAUCUAUCGGAUCCAUCGCAUAGCCCUGUUUCGGAGGCGAUGGAUCGGUCCACAACCAGUAGCCUUAGGAGAAGAAUGUCGAUGGCUUCUCAGAGACUUGGGCCUAAUGACCGCACCAGUGGAGGUUUGGAUUCUAUGAGCAAUGCCAGUUUAAUGGAGAUCGAAACACGUUCCCGAGGGCUUACUCCGUCAGGUUCCAUCACUGGAGGGAAGAGCCGUUUAAGGGAUCUUAGCAAUGGUUUGACAACAUCCAAAGAGCUUUUGAAGAUACUCAAUCGCAUCUGGGGUGUCGAGGAGCAGCAUUCAUCGAGCAUGUCCCUUGUUUCAGCCCUGAGGGGCGAGCUCGAACGGGCCCGUGUCCAGGUUGAUCAGCUGAUCCAAGAGCAGAAGUCCGACCGGGACGAAAUCAAUUACCUGAUGAAGCGGUUCGCUGAAGAGAAGGCAGCAUGGAAGAGCAAGGAGAGGGAGAAAAUCACAGCUGCCGUGCAAUCCAUUGUUACGGACCUUGAAAAGGAGAGAAAGCAGAGAAAACGGACCGAAAAUGUGAAUGCAAAGCUUAGUAGAGAGUUAGCUGAGACAAAGGCCAUGCUCUCAAAGGCAUUGAAAGAACUCGAAAGCGAGAGGAGAGAGAAAGAGAUAAUGGAACAGGUGUGUGAUGAAUUAGCUAGGGGGAUUGGAGAGGACAAGGCAGAGGUCGAAGAGCUCAAGAGAGAGUCAGCAAAGGUCCGAGAAGAGGUUGAGAAGGAGAGAGAAAUGCUUCAGCUCGCAGAUGUGUGGCGUGAGGAGAGAGUCCAAAUGAAGCUCUCGGAGGCGAAGUUUCAGUUCGAGGAGAAAAAUGCCGCUGUUGACAAGCUGAGGAACGAACUCGAAGCGUAUCUUAGGACCAAAAGGAUGAAAGAAACACGAAGUGGGCAUCGGAAUCAUUCGGUGGAUGAUGAGGAUCUACCGCAGCUGAUCAAUUUAAGCAAGAAGGCCCAUUUGGGCAAUGAUGGGAUUGAUGAGGAAGGGGAGGUAGAAGAUGGAGAAGAAGCUAAAGAAGAUGGAUGUGAAGACGACGAUGAUUCAGCUGAAAGCGAUCUCCAUUCGAUCGAACUGAACAUGGAUAAUAACAGCAAAAGCUAUAAAUGGAGUUAUGCGAACGGAAUUUCCCAAGAAGAUGCGAAAAGAGCUUCUUUUGAGGAAGAAACAAAGGGGAGAAAGUCAGCAUCCGAGAGGAUUCCAAGGGGCGGUGCUAUCUCUCUCGAUCGAAGCUUGUCAGAAGGAAUUGAGUGGGACUUUAGUACCGAAAACCAUCGGCAUUGGAGUGAUGGGUCUGAUCAAGGAAGAUUCUCCGAGAGUCACAAAAAGCACACCUCGAAAGAAGACUACAACGAAGAAGCACAUCGAUAUAAAUCGGUAAAGGGUCUUCGAGACCACAUAUUGUCUGGUUCAAGGAUCACAUCUGCUCAAGGUUUUGCCAGUCCCACUAGGCAGUGGUCCCCGCAGUGGCCUUCACAUGAUCCCAUUGACAUGGUCCGUGAAAGAUCGAAGGCUGGUGAGAAGGUGAGAGGGGUGAGUGGUUCCAAGGCAAAAGGGGAAGGCCAAAAUUCAAGACAUAAGCAGUCACAGUUCAUUCCCAAACAGUAAGAAUCUCUUCUCAUUAUAUAAACUGAUAUCUUUCUGUGUUUUUUCAUGAGCUGAGUCGACUCGCUCCAUUGUCUGCCUCAUUUACAUGGGUUGGAUAUCGGAUCCUUGAGCAUUAAGGCUAUUGUCUAUAGAUUUUGCUCGUAAUCACAUGAGCGGUGAAUCAGACAACGAAGGGUAUUGCCUUGUACAAAAGCACUCGGUAUUACGGAGCAAUGAAAAUCAUGUUUCAAGUACAA